GAUGAUACUCACCAACCAAAUGAGUAGACCAAGUGGUGUUUGCAGCAAAUAAAUCCUCCUAGACUAGUUUCUUUUUUUCAAGAUCAAAUCAAAAUGAAGGGGAAGGAGAGCGUAACGGAAGAGGAGAGAGUUGCAUUUGCAACCCACAAAUGUUAUGAUUAUGAUUGUGACGACAACGAGUUUCUGCCUUUCCAGCUUUCAUCUGAGGAGCCUGAGGACGAUGGCGGUAAGGAUGCAAUUGAGAUUGCAACUGCCGAGCAAGAAGAAAGUUUCGCCGCUAAUUUCUACCGAUGUGGAAUGGAUUGGUCUUGCUUGUUACCAAACACAAAUACAAAUACUACUGGUAAUAUUGUUGAAGUUGAAGAGAACAACAACCAAAAUCCAUGCGAACAACAAAUUGAUUCCAAAAAGAACAAGGGGACGAACAGCCUCAAACAAACUACUCUAUUCCACAUGUGGGGCUUCCAGAAGGAUAUGAAUAUGAAGAACAAACCCUCCACCACGUCAUCUACCCUUCUCUCUGGAAUGAUGAAAUCGAAACAACCUCAUCUUCUCCCUCCUAUUAUGGGAAAGAUUAAUAAAAGCAGUGGUGGUGGUGGUGGUGGUAAUUCUUCUGAAUUUGCCCAUAAAUACGGUCAGCAGCCCCGUGUUUGCCCCUUCUAUAAGAAAAUCCCUGGGACACCCUUCACUGUCGAUGCAUUCUGCUAUGGUCGCAUUGAAGGCUGCUCUGCAUUUAUCCUUAGCCACUUCCAUGCUGAUCACUAUCGUGGCUUGAGCAAGAGAUGGUCACAUGGUCCUAUCUACUGCACCUCUCUCACUGCUCGCUUGGUCAGCAUGUGUUUAUCGGUAGAUCCUAUAUUCCUAUUCCCUGUGGAAUUUGGUAAAGAAUACCUCAUUGAAGGAAUCAGGAUGACAAUGCUAGAAGCUAAUCACUGCCCAGGUGCAGCUCUCAUUCACUUCCGUCUUCCGAAUGGACAAUGUUAUUUGCACACUGGAGACUUCAGAGCUUCUAAACUUAUGCACAUUUAUCCCCUUCUUGUGAACCAAAGAGUCAAUGUGCUUUACCUUGACACGACAUAUUGCAACCCGAAGUACAGGUUUCCUUCCAAAGAAGAUGUACUGAGUUUUGUUGUUGGAGUCACUAAGAACUGCCUUAUGAAGCAACCCAAAACUCUGGUCAUUGUUGGGGCGUAUAGCCUUGGGAAAGAAUGUGUAUAUCUUGCGAUUUCCAAGGCUCUAGGGGUUAAAAUUUAUGCAAAUGCUCUGAGGAGGCGUGUUCUACAGUCCUUGGGUUGGACUGAACUUUCUGGGAAUCUGUGUUCAAAUGGGAAGGAUACACCUCUGCAUGUUCUGCCUAUAUCAUCACUUAAAUUCCAGAUCCUGGAAAAUUACUUGAAGACGUACAUGAAUCAAUACACAGCAGUUUUGGCAUUUCGGCCUACAGGUUGGACUUACUCUGAGGCUAUUGGCAGCCACCUGGAUCUAAUAAAACCCAGAUCCAAAGGCAUUGUCACAAUCUACGGAGUUCCAUAUAGUGAGCACUCCAGCUUCACAGAACUGCAAGAAUUUGUUCAGUUUCUGAGGCCUGACAAGAUAAUUCCUACUGUCAAUGUUGGUAAUGCUGCUAAUCGUGAAAAGAUGCAGUCCUAUUUCCAAGAAUGGCUAAAAGGCGGCUGAUAAUUCUCAGUGGAAUUCUGUGCUCUUUGUGUUUUCAAUCAGGAAGCUCCCUCUCAUCAUCAUCAUCCUUGCCUUUGUUUCAUAUGAAACUCCCUCUAUGUCUGGCGAAAAGAAAAUUUUGAUCUGUUGACUCAAAAGUCGAAACAUAUAGGAUGAAAGGAUUCUUUAGUAGCCUAUAUUUUGAGAUGCAACUGAUGUCUAUUCAAACCAACCUUAUUUUCUUAUCCAGUCGAUCAUCAUGUGAUUUAUUAUGAAAGGUUUCACUGAAUGGCUGCAGAUGAUUUUGUUUACAUCUCAGGUCGAUUUAGAGUAGCAUCUUUGUAUUUAUGACUUCAUCAAACUCUCUUUAUAAUAAUUAGAAUUUUUUUUUUUUAA